CGCCCGAGCGCGCAGAUUGGUUCGUGCACGCCCUGAGUGACAUAUUCGUGAUCCAGUCGCGCGCCGUCUCCAAGGGCCUUGCGCUCCUCCCUUCGCAGCGGUGCAGCAACAACAUGGUAGCUUCUAUGUGCCGGAGUCAGCUGUGACUGAAGCCAGCGGUGCAGUGGGAGGCACAUGAUUCAGCAUCCUACCAUUGCCCACCUACCGAGCAAGGUGACAGCGACUUCAGCCGACAACGAGUGAUGACAGACAUUGAACCAUGGGAAAUGUAGAGAGCCAGAAUGGGGACCAGGCCUUCUACGGUGAUGGGCAGGGCCACUUGUCUCGCAAGCACAUGUCCCGGUCCCUGAGGCUCUCCGGCAAGCAGUCGCGCCGCGCGCGCCACGUCUCCUCGGGGAAGGCGGAGCACCGCAACUCGGAGACCAGCACGCGGUCCAGCAGCACUCCCAGCAUCCCCCAGUCCCUGGCCGAGAAUGGGCUGGAGCCCUUCAACGAGACCAGCGCCCUGCCGGACUUCGGCAGCCCCAUCUGGGUGGACCGCGUGGCCAUGAACCUGCGGCCCGCCUCCUUCCACAACGACCUGGCCGACCCGGCGGCGGACGUGGACGCCGUGCUGACAGUCACCGCGGCGACCGGCGGGCUGGGGGGCGGCGGCAGCGGCGGCGGCGGCAGGGGCCCGUUCGGCGGGGAGGUGACCUACCUGCGGGGGCCCGGCGAGGGGCCGCGGGAGAGCGGCAGCUUCAAGAAGAAGAGGUCCAAGUCGGCGGACAUGUGGCGGGAGGACAGCCUGGAGUUCUCGCUGUCGGACCUGAGCCAGGAGCACCUGACCAGCACCGAGGAGAUCGCCGACGCCGCCGAGGAGAAGGACUACGCCGACUGCGGCGGCCUGCUGCCCUCCAGCCCCGAGGGCCCGGGGCCGCUGGGGCCGCUGGACCCGCCGGGGCCCCUGGACGCCGGGGACAGGGCCAACUCCCUGGACGAGCUGUACGGCCCCAAGAGCCCCGCCCGCCGGCCCUCGCACCACCGAUUCGCCAAGUACGCCCGCGAGGGGGGGGGCCGGGGGGGCGGCGGCCACACGGGACACGCGCACGACGACAAGAUGUCCCCCCUGGAGGACGACGGGAACGCCUACGGCGCCUACACCCUGCCCUGCCGCCGCUCCCACUGCCUGUCAGAGGGGCUCUCCGGCCAGCAGGGGGCCCUGUGCACCAGCAUGCAUGGCCGACGGGCUCAGACCACUCAGGACGUCACGGCGGGGGAGGGCAGCGAGUUUGGGGACAGCGGCAUCGAUGGGGUGACGGUGGAGGCGGAGCUCCAGUCCCGGCGCUACAAGACCAUGUCGGCGUCCUUCUCCGUGUGCUCGACGGCGGGCGGGAACGCGUUCGCCGACGCCGGCAGGGGGGGCGGGGCCACGCACCCCGUCCAGGGCGUGUACGAAAACUUCCGGCAGGAGCUGGAGAUGAGCUCCUGCCGCGUGGCCGACGCCCUGGAGGAGGCGGGGUCGGCCGGCAGCGACGAGCACAGCACCGGGACCGUCAGCUCCGCCUACCAAUCAGACGCGCUGCUGGGCGUGGCCCAGGGCACCGUGCGCAAGGCCGGCGCCCUCGCCGUCAAAAACUUUCUGGUGCACAAGAAGAACAAGAAGGUGGAGCCCGCCACCCGCCGCAAGUGGAAGCACUACUGGGUCUCCCUGAAGGGGUGCACGCUGUUCUUCUACGAGACGGACGGGCGAUCCGGGAUCGACCACAACAGCGUCCCGAAGCACGCAGUCUGGGUGGAGAACAGCAUCGUGCAGGCCGUCCCGGAGCACCCCAAAAAGGACUUCGUGUUCUGCCUCAGCAACUCCCUGGGAGAUGCGUUCCUGUUCCAGACCUCCAGCCAGACGGAGCUGGAGAACUGGAUCACGGCGACGCACUCGGCCUGCGCCGCGGCCGUGGCGCGCCACCACCACCGCGAGGACACGGUCCGGCUGCUCCGCGCCGAGAUGAGGAGGCUGGAGCAGAAGAUCGACAUGGACGAGAAGAUGAAGAAGAUGGGCGAGAUGCAGCUGUCCGCCGUCACCGACUCCAAGAAGAGGAAGACCAUCCUGGAGCAGAUCUUCCUGUGGGAGCAGAACCUGGAGCAGUUUCACAUGGACCUGUUCCGGUUCCGCUGUUACCUGGCCAGCCUGCAGGGCGGCGAGCUGCCCAACCCCAAACGCCUCCUGGCCUUCGCCUCCCGCCCCUCCAAGCUGGCCAUGGGCCGGCUGGGCAUCUUCUCCGUCUCCUCCUUCCACGCGCUGGUGGCGGCGCGUACGGAGAGCUGCGUGAGGAGGCGCACGCAGGCCAUGUCCCGCUCCUCCAGCAAGCGCAAGAGCCGCUUCUCCUCCCUCUGGGGCCUGGACACCACCUCAAAGAAGAAGACAAAGGGCCGCCCCAGCAUUAACCAGGUGUUCAUUGACGGGGAGGAGCCAGUGAAGAAGAGCCUGGACGGCAUGCUGGAGGACUCAGCCAGGGAGAGCGUGAAGGAGAAGGAGGCGUCGCUGAAAAGCAUUCCCCAGCACAACGCAGACAGCGACAUUUGGGUUCCUGAGCACCUCACGCCUUCGUGGGUCUGCCUGCCAAGCGAUCAGCCGGUGCUCGCCAUCAUCCAGCCUGGGGAGUCUGCCCUCGACACUCUGGAGACCGUCUGCAAGGCCCAUCACUUGGAUCUUGCCAAGCAUUACCUGCGUCUGAAGUUUUUAAUCGACAACCAAGUGCAAUUCUACGUCCCCAAACCGGAAGAGGACCUGUGUGAUUUGCUCUACAAAGAGAUAGAAAUUUGCUCCAAGGUGACUAAGCUGGUUCGGUUUGACCGUGAUGAAUCCUGCUCGAUUGGCUACGGUUUCUCCAUCUCGGUGUUGGAGGAGGACGGCGUGCAGCAGCUCUACAUCACAGAAGUGAAGGCGGGGGGAUUAGCCUUCGCUAAAGGGCUGAACGCCGGGGACGAGAUCCUGCAGCUGAACGGGAAGGAGGCCAGCUCGCUGAACUUCUCCGACAUGAAGGUGGCCUUCUCCCAGAGCUCCCUGGUGCUGACCGUCAGCACCCUGCCCGCCAUGGACCGCCACCAGCUCUGCUACCUGCCCCCCCGCCGCUCCAAUGGGGAGGACGAGCUCUGCACCGACAUCUUCUCCCAGAGCCAGGAGGACAUCCUGGAUGACGGGCCCGGCCUGUGUCUGCUGAACGCCGGGGACAGUCUCGACGACGAGUACGACAUCUUCGAUGAGCUGGAGGACAACGCCAAGAGCACGGAGCAGGUAGCUGCGUUCUGCCGCAGUCUCCAUGACAUGAAUCCGUCGGAGUACGCCUCGGCGCCCCACAGCCCGGACUCCCCGCUCCCGCCGCCGGCCACGCCGCGCCAGCUCUCCGACGCCGACAAGCUCCGCAAAGUCAUCUGCGAGCUGGUGGAGACCGAGCGGACCUACGUCAAAGACCUCAAUUGCCUGAUCGAGAGGUACUUGACUCCCCUGCAGAAGGAGAGCUUCCUCACACAGGAUGAGCUCGACGUGCUCUUCGGGAACUUGGCGGAGAUGGUGGAGUUCCAGGUGGAGUUUCUCAAGACUCUGGAAGACGGGACCAGACUGGUUCCAGAUCUGGAGCGGCUUGAGAGAGUGGAUCAGUUUAAGAAAGUGCUCUUCUCCUUGGGGGGGUCGUUCCUGUACUACGCCGACCGCUUCAAGAUCUACAGCGCCUUCUGCGCCGGACACACCAAGGUCCCCAAGGUCCUCGUCAAAGCGAAGACGGAUCCCGAUUUCAAGGCCUUCCUGGACGCCAGGAACCCCAGGCAGCAGCACUCGUCCACCCUGGAGUCGUAUCUGAUCAAGCCCAUCCAGAGGGUGCUCAAGUACCCGCUCCUCCUGAGGGAGCUGUACUCCCUCACCGACCCAGACAGCGAGGAGCACUACCACCUGGACGUCGCGGUGAAGGCCAUGAACAAGGUGGCCAGCCACAUCAACGAGAUGCAGAAGAUCCACGAGGAGUACGGCGCCGUCUUCGACCAGCUCAUCGCCGAGCAGACCAGCGACAAGAAAGAGGUGGCUGACCUGUCGAUGGGGGAUUUGCUGCUGCACACGACCGUGACUUGGAUCAACCCUCCCAUCUCUCUGGGGAAAUGGAAGAAAGAUCCGGAACUGGUGGCAUUUGUUUUCCGAACAGCCGUGGUGUUUGUGUACAAAGACUGCUCCAAGCAGAAGAAGAAAAUAGGCGGGUCGCAUCGCGCCUCCGUCUCCGACGAGAAGGACCCUUUCCGCUUCCGUCACAUGAUCUCCACCGACGCCCUCCAAGUGCGAGCCCUGGCCAGCGCUGAUGGAGAGGGAAACGCGGUGUGCGAGAUUGUUCAUGUCAAGUCUGAGUCAGAGGGGAGGCCCGAGAGAACAUUCCAUCUGUGCUGCAGUUCGCCAGAGAGUAAGAAAGACUUUCUGAAGACCGUGCACUCCAUCCUUCGGGACAAACAGCGCAGGCAGCUCCUGAAGACCGAGAGUCUGCCCCCCAGCCAGCAGUACGUCCCCUUUGGGGGGAAGCGGCUUUUUGCCCUGAAGGGGGCCCGUCCCACCAUGAACAGAGCAGUUUCUGCCCCGGCUCGGACCCUGGGGCGACGGAAGCUGGUCCGAAACCGCUUCACCAUCGACACGGACAUCGUGUUCGACGGCGGGCCGUCCGUGGACCCGGCGGAGCGGCCGCCCGCUUCCCAGCAGCCUCAGCAGGAGCCGCAGCAGCAGCAGCAGCAGCAGCAGCAGCAGGGCGUGAUGGGCGGGGACACGGAUCGCUGGGUGGAGGAGCAGUUUGACCUGGAGGGCUACGAGGACCAGGAGACGGACGUCGUCAAGGAGACGGACAUCCUCAGCGACGACGACGAGUUCUGCCUGUCCCCCUCCACGGAGCCCUCCGGGGAGGAUCUCGAAAUCGAGACCCCCGUCAGGGGCCUGUCCCUCGAAGGAGAGGCGCAGGCGGAGCAAUGGGGCGAGGAGGAGAAGAAUGAGGGGGACGAGGAGGGAGAAGAGGAGGAGAAGGAGGGGGAGGAGGAGAAAGAAGAGGAGCGUGUGGGCAAUGGGAGUGGCAAGGGUGAUGGCGAAGUUGAAACCUCGGAGGACACAGUGUCCCAAAUGAGCCCUGAGGACACACACUCCCCCCGGGGGUCCCCCUCGCGGAAUCAGCGGACCGCGUCCGGCCUGAACGGGUCGGCGGAGGGGGCCGAGGAAGAGGAGGUCAUCUGGGUGCGCAGGGACGAAUUUAAUACCCGGGGCGACGAGGUCUGAGAGCCGACACAGCGCCAGAGGAAGAGGCUGAAAAACCUGGCUUCCUCCCUCGCAAAGCUUGAAAGAGCCUUUACAAGAAAACCUACAGCCAGUUUACCCCCCCCCCCCCACCCCCGUACUCCGCUACACCCUUAACACGGAGCGAUGCCGUCCGCCUACAAUGAUGAACAGCCUAUCACAGCAAACGAUUUUAUAACUGACGCUGCGUCAGCACCAAAAAAGCCCUGCCAUUCUCGAUCUGAGCAAUAAAGGACUAAUGCUGUCAAUCAAUAAGAGUGAAGUAGUCCAUCUGAAGCUUUGCGAGAGGGACUCGACUGUACAAUCAUGACGCGCAGAAGAGCGUCGGGACGAGCGCGUUUUCCCACGUGAACUUGGGCGGCUGCUCUGAACCGUGACUUGUUGCCAAAUUUAUAUUUUAGGAGCAAAUAAAUAUAGCUGUUUUUUUUCUGAGAGAGGUGCAGUAGUUCUAUGAUGCUUCAGGGCGGCGUGUUAUUUAUUUUGGCUUUUAGGGCUCUCUUUAAAAGGUGUAAAAUAAAAAAAACAAAUCCUGUUCUCAUUGCAUUGUGUUAUGGCUGCGCACAGGUGACAUUUUAGAGCACAAGUCUUUCAGAUGAACACACUUUACGGCGAAACGCCAGUCUAACAGCAUUCAUCUCUGUUUGGUUUUUAUGGUGAGCAUAUGGCAUAUAUUGAAAAACUCCUAACAGUUUUUUUUUUUUUAAGUAUUUUUAAAUGUUUUAUUUGUACUUAUUGUUUACAUUGUGUCAAACUCCGCAGUAUUAACCUUUUCCACAGAAGAUAAGGGAUUUGUUGUUAUUAUUAUUUUAUUUUUAUUUUUACUAAUUUUAACAAUCCUGUUUUACUUGAAUUUAUUUUGUAUGAUAUUUUCAUUUGGUGUCUUUCAUUUUGUCAGCCCAUUGUGGUUCGUACGGCCCUCAUCUGGUCCGCACAUAAGCUUGUUUAAAAUAUAUGUUUUUUACACUGAUGUUAGUCAUUAAAGGCACAUAUUUGGAUGUGUUGAAAUAGCAGAAAACAGUCAUGUAAUAAAUAUAAACUGUCCUUGAAAAGCUUUUUGUUUAAAGAAAAAGAAAUAUAUAUAUACAUAUAUACUACUGUAAUACUGUACAUAUCCAAUGCUUAUAAGAAGUUGGAACAAACCUUCAUUUUUACUUUUAUUACCUUAUAAGUGAAAUCUUACCACUAUACACAAAAUAUAUAUGAAAUAUUUUAAAUAAAAGAAUGCAGAUGUUGAACUACAGUCCUGAGGGUAAAAAAUGAUUGGAGUGCAAGCUGUGGAGGUUAAACAUAGGAAUUCAUUUAUAAACCUACACAGUGCACUUUUAUGGCUGGGUGUUGUUUUUUUAAAUAUAUGUACAUACAGCUGUAUUGAUAUUUCAAAUAAAUUGUUUCCUACAUAA